GAACAAUAUCGAGCAACUGCGGAAAACAACUCUUAAUUACAAAUAUGAUCAGCCAUAACUUUAUGACUUGUUUAAGCCAGUCCGAAAAUUAGGUAAGUCUUAAGCUCAUGAAAUCGCCAUGGUUGCACUCCAAAAAAAUAGAUUGUCGACUUCUUUCCAAAAAAAAAAAGAAAAAAAGAAAAAGAAAAACAAACCUAUGAAACAAAAAAUGAUUAUGUAAGGACACAUCUUAUAUUCCAAAGCACUAACCGGCCAAAAAGAGAAAAGAGGCAGAGGGCUAUUUCAGUCAUUUCAUCCCCCAGGCCAACCGCCUAUAACUACCUGGAAGAAGAAUAGUAGAAAGCGGCUCGAGGUUCUUUCUUCUAGCGGAAACUAAUAUUGCAAUCACAAACAAUGAAGCAAAACAAGAGCCCAACUCUACUGCACCUUCUCUGCAUUCUUCUCAUUGCCGUGCUGCUAACAAUGCACUACGUAGCCCCGAUCGAGGCUAAGAGGGGUCACGGGAAGAAGGCUGCCAAGCCUCACAAGCCCUCAAAGCAUAGAGGCCGCCACAAGGCCGAUCAUGGUCCCUCGACGGGCCCUGCCAUGGCACCUCCAGAUAAGCCAAGCAUUUUCGAUGUCCUCUCUUAUGGAGCCAAGGGUGAUGGAGAGUCGGAUGAUUCUAAGGCACUCGUGGCUGCGUGGAAAGUGGCUUGCAAGGUCCCCUCGUCUACCUUGAGAAUCCCACCAGAGCUCAAGUUCCUGAUCAAGCCCGUCACUCUUCAGGGCCCUUGUGCCUCUGAUCUUGUUCUGCUGAUAGAUGGGACAUUGUUAGCACCUCCGAAAGUUGGCUCAUGGCCAAAGUCGAGCUGGUUCCAGUGGCUGAACUUCAAGUGGGUCCAAAACUUCACCAUCCGUGGCACUGGUAUGGUCGAUGGUCAGGGCUCCAACUGGUGGAGUCUCUCCGAUCAAGUGCAGCACAUUCAGAGGAAAUUAAAACAUGUUCCUCAUAUGAAACCUACGGCCGUGAGAUUUUAUUCGAGCUACAAUGUGACAGUCAGAGACAUCAGCAUCGUCAACAGUCCACUGUGCCAUCUUAAGUUCGAUAACUCUGCAGGUGUUAAGGUCACGAAUGUUACAAUCUCAUCACCUGGUGACAGCCCUAACACGGACGGCAUCCACCUGCAGAACACACGGGAUGCCGAAAUCGAACACUCAAACAUCGGCUGUGGAGAUGACUGUGUAUCCAUACAGACUGGUUGCGCCAACGUACAUGUUCAUCAUAUAAACUGUGGCCCUGGACAUGGGAUAAGCUUAGGAGGACUGGGCAAAGAUAAAAGCGUUGCAUGUGUGUCGAAUAUCACCGUUGAGAACAGUUCAUUGCAGAGUACUAUGUACGGUCUAAGGAUCAAGACAUGGCAGGGAGGGCUUGGAUCUGUCGAGAACGUAUCGUUCUCGAACGUGCAAGUCUCCAAUGUGAAGGUCCCAAUCGCGAUAGACCAAUACUAUUGUGACAAGGUCUACUGCAGAAACCAGUCGAAAGCUGUCGCGAUCACUGGCGUGAAGUUUGACCAGAUCGUGGGUACCUAUGCAGUCCAACCCAUCUACCUCGCAUGCAGUCGCAAUGUCCCAUGCACUGACGUGAACCUCAUAGGUGUCCAGUUGAAGCCUUCCCCACGGUCCGAAGUGGGCUUGCGGCAGACACUGUGCUACAACUCGUAUGGGAAGUCGACGUCUCCACUGCUUCCUUCGAGCAUUGAUGGAUGCUUGAGGAGCGAGAGCGGCUCCAUUAAGAGGACGUUGAGGUCUCACGAGAUAUUGUGCCGGUGACUAAACGUGCACACUGACUUUAAGAGAUCCACUCUGAAUUCUGAUUUCUUUUUUGGAAGUCCUUUUUUUGUUUUUGUUUUAAAUAGAAGGAAUGAUUCCCUUCCUGCCGCCAUUUUUUGAAUGCAGGAAGGUGAUGUAUGUUGUAGAUUCUGCG